UCCCUCGACGAACGUCACUGGUGCUUCCGUCUUGGCCGGCAGCUUGCGGGAACCACCAGUCGGGUUUCGUAUCUCGCCGGCGAUGCACACCACCCUCAACCCUUGGUGAAAAGUAUCCCUUUCCUCGACUGAUCGACCAGUUCGCGAUGGAUGGCCAACGCGCGCUCCUCUGACGCCCACCGCAGUUGGACAGUGAUUGCUUUGUGAAUACUUUGUGAUUACCUCGGUAAUAACCGCUCGCUCGACGGCUGAGAAUCCCAGUGGUUGUACAAAUUUGUGCGCUUAACAAGACAUUACUGUACCCAUUGACACGGAUUACACAACCCUUGGUUCUCAGCGAGCUGGUGGAGUGUAUCUCGCGUUUAAACUCACGGUACCGAGGUGUGCGGUAGCAGAGUCGUCCUGGCGCGAUGAGAUCGAGGACUUUCGACUGAGCCAGGGUAGAAACUAUUGGCAAAGCCAUGGUGGACAAACUGCACGAGUACGAGGGCUUCGCAGGCAGGGUCCACGAUGUCCGUGACAAGAUCAAGGAGAGGUGGGAGGUCUGGAAGGAGUGGAAACAAGGGAUACCCACGGACCAGGGUAUCGAAGGCUUCUUGAAUCAUCUUCGAGGUCCUCCGAAGUUGGAGAGGACGUUGGACGAUUACGCUCAUGUCUACAGGAAGAAGACACGAGGAGAACUGGUCCGUGUGUCCGCAGCGGUGAUGGGAAUAGAGUUCUCAUAUGCGGCCGAGACAGCAUUCGUUUCACCUACCCUCUUAAAGAUAGGGGUGGAUCAUCAGCACAUGACGCUCGUUUGGGCACUGAGUCCUCUCAUUGGGUUCUUCGUCACGCCCAUUCUGGGAAGCUUGAGCGACAGGUGCAGGCUGAAGUACGGAAGGAGGAGACCCUUCAUCAUGCUACUGGCCAUCGGGGUGUUAAUAGGGUUGAUAUUGGUCCCAAAUGGAGAGGACAUGGGUUACGCUUUCGGCGACACGCCCUCCCAUGGGGCCAACUAUACAGUUCCACUUGGUCAUCGAACCACGGCCAAACAAGGGAAGGAGGAGUCGGUGAAGCCACCAUCCCACUCUUGGGGGAUCUUCUUCACGAUUUUGGGCACGGUUCUUCUUGACUUCGACGCUGACGCUUGUCAGAGCCCAGCUAGGGCUUACUUACUCGACGUCACUACACCUGAGGACCACGCCAAGGGUCUGAGCACGUUCACUAUAAUGGCGGGCUUAGGAGGCUUCAUGGGAUACGGAUUGGGCGGUAUUAACUGGGACGCCACGGCGAUAGGAGUCAUGCUGGGCGGACAUCUCCACGCGACGUUCACUUUAAUUACCAUCAUCUUCAUCAUCUGCGUGUUUUGCACCAUCACCAGCUUCAAGGAGAUACCUCUGGAGCUGCUGGAGAGAGACGAGUACCAGCAGUUGCACGAGCAAAUGUUAGCCAACGAGGGCAAGGAGGACGAGCAGAAGGAGCACGAUAAAAUAACAACGGAUGAGUCCGUGUCUUAUGGGACCCUGGACAACGAACAAGAUGUCGCCACGAAGAAGGAUGAAUUCGUCCUGAAGCCCCUUCCAGUGAAGGAACCCGAGAGAAGACCUGGCCAAGUGCCCAUGAUACCGGAUGUCACAGCUCGCGAGAACUAUGGCGACAAGCCCGACCUCGAGGAGAGCGGCGAGAAUUCUAAGGUUACUUUGCAGGAAUAUCUUCUUUCCAUCGUGUACAUGCCUCACAGCCUGCGCAUGGUGUGCCUGACGAACCUCUUCUGCUGGAUGGCUCACGUCUGCUACUCACUGUACUUCACGGAUUUCGUCGGGGAGGCCGUUUAUGGCGGCAAUCCGCAGGCUCCGGACGGCAGCAAAGAACGAGAAUUAUACGAAAGCGGCGUCCGUUUUGGCUGUUGGGGAAUGUCCAUGUACUCGCUUUCGUGUUCGUGUUACUCGCUGGUCAUCGAGAAGCUGAUAGAACGCUACAAAGCUCGAAGGGUUUACAUUUGCGGCCUGCUGUUCUACAGCACCGGUAUGAUGAUGAUGGCGCUGACCAAACAUCCCGUGGGAGUGAUCAUAUUCUCCUGGACUGCGGGAGUCAUGUACUCGACGUUAUUCACUAUGCCGUACUUGCUGGUUGCACAUUAUCACGCUUCGUCAACGUUCGAGGUGACAGCCGAGGGAGAAGCCAUUCAAAGCGAAGGAGUGCGCGGCCUUGGGACCGACGUUGCCAUCGUUUCCUCCAUGGUCUUCCUGGCUCAAUUCUUGCUCUCGUGUUGUUUAGGCACGAUCGUUAGUCACGCAGGAACCACCACGGCGGUGGUGUGCGUGGCGAGCACCCUAGCAGCUUGUGGAGCCAUUUCUGCGACGCAGGUCAUGUAUCUGGAUCUCUGAACUCGAUUCGGAUAAGAGAGACACACAGCUCAACGGUAAUCUUGUUUGUUCUUCCCCUCGACGUCGAUGUAUAGUUGGUGGAAGAAACGUGACGUGAUAUUUCAGGUUAUGUCGAGAAAUAAGUUUGUUAACCCAUUGUCUACCAAUGUUCUAUUUAGAAACACCAUACAGAGAAAACGUAUGAUAAUACUUUCUUGAUAGUAUUUAAAUUUCGAUUUCAUUUUACAAUGUUCACGCAAAACAAAUUGAAUUACUUUAUAAUUUCAAUCAGUCUUUUGGUUUAUAACCAGUCUACGAAUUUAACUUAAUAUCGUAUUUUAUGACUCAUUCGUGAAAACAAGUGCUUAUUCGUGUAAUAAGAAUACCGUGUUAACGAUGCACAAAUAAUGGCGCCAUGUAUUUAUAACACGCCGUGAAGUUGCAAACUUUGUGUCGUCAAAGGAAACUUGUAAAUAAAUGUACCUUGUAUAAACGCAAUAGAA